AUGAGUGAUAGUAAUAAAAAUAGUGGUAAUAGACGCUACCGACCGUACGAUCCGAGUCAAUCGGGUCAUCGCCUAACACAUAGAACUGGUAGUAGAUCAUCUUCAUCAGCUGAUGAUGACAAUGAUGAUGCUAGUCCUGGUUCGGGUAGAAGUAGUCAGCCACGGAUGCCAUCACCACCAGCUGUUGACCCAAUGGAAGCAAUAAACAGACUGUUGGCCACUAGAGAUCCGUUUACAGGACAACCGUUGACAGUACCACCAUCACCACCACCACAACAUACUGGACAACAACAUCAACAGCAAUGGCUACAACAACAGCAACAAACAAGAGCACCAACUAUGGGUCAGUUGCCUGAAUGGCAGCGACCAUCAGAAUUAUGGGGACAGCAACCGAUGCCGUUAUAUCGAGCAACGCCACUGAAACUAAAACAGCCAUUAUCAACAUACACACCGACGGCAUCGGCGAUACAGCAACGGCCACAACGUCGUCCGCCGCCGCCGGCAACGUACACUCUGAUGUCAUUGGUAGAACCGCAACCAUUUGUGGCACCGGAACCACCUGAACAACAAUCGCCAAAACAGUCAAAACGUCUUAGACUACUAUUGUCUUCGUCGUCAUCGUCGUCAUCACCAACAUCUGCUACAUUGAAACAAGCAUCUGUUGUUGCUGCCGAUGAUGAUCAAUUAGAUCCAACAAUCCGGCCACAAGAAGCCCAACAAAUACAACAACAACUACAGGCCGUUCAAUCAGUACGGCCACAGUCGCCAGAGACUACACUCCGUUUACAGGCACCUCUGUCACCGUAUUCCUAUGUCAGACAACGGUAUCCCAAUUGGACAGAUGUUGGUAAACAGUUUGAAGAACCGAUACCCAGCGGACAGCCGCUGCCGGACAAUGAAAUGAAAGUGAUCAAAAAAAACGGUAUCAAAUUUAGAAGCCGUCUGGGCAAAGGUGGCUACGGAUCGGUAUAUGAGUGUCAGCUAACAAAACCAUUGGAGGACAGGACUACGUUUCCCACAGAUGGGUUGGCCGUAAAAAUCUUAUCGUUGAAUAAGUACAACACUAGCGGCCGAACACCCUAUGCGGCACUCAAAGAGAUUGUAAACGAGUAUCGAUUGCAAAGUAAAUUAAAACACGACAACAUUGUGUCGUCGAUUGAUUUUUUAAAUUUAAAAGAUACCGAAACAGAGUUCCCAAUUAUCAGACAAUUGCAUUUUAUGGAGUUAUGUAACGGCACUCUACUGGAUCUGUUGGGCCGUUUUGGUCGGAUGGGCGAAACAGAUGCCAAACAAUGGUUUCGUCAUAUUAGUCACGGGCUCCGGUAUCUACACUCCAGGGCUAUCUGUCACAUGGAUAUCAAGUGUCUGAACAUACUUUACAAGGGUCAGUAUCCGGGUUCGGCUGUAUUCAAAUUGGCUGACUAUGGUCUGGCCGGUUAUAGAGAUAAGAUUACUGGUAAAUAUGGAACCACUAGGUAUAUGGCACCGGAACAGGGCGAUAAAGUAAAGGUUAGUACCUAUCCGUGCGAUAUCUGGUCGCUGGGUUUGACACUGUGCGAGACAUUGGGCGGCGUACACCAGGAGCAAGUGGUAAAAAAUCAGUUCCAAAUGUUGACCAAUCAGGGACAGUAUGAUGUAUUCAAGACUACUACCUCAUUGAAGAUCGACACCUAUGAGUUUGUACAAAUGGUUAACAGUAUGCUGUCGAUAACACCGACUGAUAGACCUACUUGUGACCAAUUGGUUCAUUGUAAUUGGUUUCGGCUUCAAUGA